AUGAAAAGGGUAAACCUUCACCUCCACGUCCGCAUCGUCAGACUACUGCACCACAGGCUGCAUAAUCCCAAAAACCUUGGUGAAUAUGCUACAAGGAACACCAAGAGAACCAGGCUCAACCAGGCACAAGCAAAAGAAAAGAAAAAUGUGCAGCCUGUGGGUGUUGACUCUCCCACCAACACAGACAUGGAAAUACCUGGGGUCACAUUCUCAAACUCAUCUUCCAGCCCACCACCAGUGCAAGACUCAUUAAACACUUCACCUUCCAUAGAUGUAGCCAAUCUUCCAUUCUCACUCAACAUAGAAUUAAUCUUCGAUGCUGCCAAGAUAAUUGAGACGCAGGAAUUGCUUUCAGCAAUGUCUGGUCACAACAUUGAUAAAAUCUUCACUACAGCUGAUUGUGAUCAUGACGAGCCAGGAGUUGAUGAGAAUAACUCACCCGAGCAGGCCAGUGAGCUGGAAAUCAAUGGUGACAAAGAUGACGAGGAAGCAGAUAAAAACAUUUUUGAGGAUGAGCCUCCACUUGGGGCAAAUGCAGAGCUCAGAGUGUGUCCUGAGGGCACAGGACUUGCAUGGGAAGUCUGGAAGCCACCCGAAGUCUCCAAGGCUACGAGUGCACUCAAAGAUAUCAAAACCAUGUUGAAGCCACCGUGA